AUGGAAGAGACAUUUGUACCAUUUCGGGGAAUCAGGAAUGAUCUUCAAGGGAGAUUUAUGUGUUACAAGCAAGACUGGACUGGUGGUUUGAAGGCAGGCUUCAGGAUUUUGGCCCCCACCACUUAUAUAUUCUUUGCUUCAGCCAUUCCAGUUAUUUCAUUUGGUGAACAAUUAGAAAGAGAUACAGAUGGGGUUCUCACAGCAGUUCAGACGUUAGCAUCUACUGCUUUAUGUGGAAUUAUACACUCGAUCCUUGGGGGUCAGCCUUUGCUGAUUCUCGGAGUUGCAGAGCCAACUGUGAUUAUGUACACAUUUAUGUUCAAUUUCGCCAAAAAUAGACCGGAUUUGGGAUCAAAGCUCUUUUUAGCAUGGACUGGAUGGGUGUGCGUCUGGACUGCAAUAUUGCUGUUCCUGCUGGCUAUAUUAGGGGCUUGCUCCAUUAUAAACAGAUUCACUCGUCUUGCAGGAGAGUUAUUUGGCCUUCUCAUUGCAAUGCUCUUCAUGCAGGAAGCUAUUAAAGGACUAGUUCAUGAAUUUCGCAUACCUGAAAGAGAAAACCCAAAGUCAGUUCAAUUUCAACCUUCAUGGAGAUUUGCGAAUGGGAUGUUUGCUUUGGUUUUGUCAUUUGGCCUUCUACUUACUUCUUUAAAAAGCAGAAAAGCAAGGUCUUGGCGGUAUGGGUCUGGGUCGCUCCGUGGUUUUGUAGCAGAUUAUGGUGUGCCAUUGAUGGUGUUGAUCUGGUCUGCUGUUUCCUAUAUACCUGCUGGAAAUGUUCCAAAAGGAAUUCCAAGGCGCCUCUUCAGUCCAAAUCCAUGGUCACCAGGAGCAUACGAGAAUUGGACUGUCAUCAAGGACAUGCUAAGUGUUCCAGUGAUUUAUAUAAUUGGAGCUUUCAUUCCAGCAACAAUGAUUGCAGUGCUGUACUAUUUUGACCACAGUGUAGCUUCCCAACUUGCUCAGCAAAAAGAAUUCAAUUUGAGAAAACCACCUUCGUUCCAUUAUGAUCUACUUCUCUUAGGGUUCAUGGUCAUAAUAUGUGGUCUCAUAGGCAUUCCCCCAUCCAAUGGUGUCAUACCACAAUCUCCAAUGCAUACGAAAAGCUUGGCCACACUGAAGCACCAGUUAUUACGCAAUCGACUUGUAGCGACAGCAAGGAGAUGUAUGAAAAACAAUGCCAGCUUGGGACAAGUAUAUGGAAGCAUGCAACAAGCAUAUCAACAGAUGCAAACCCCACUAAAAUACCAGGAACCUUCAGCUCGGGGAUUAAAGGAAUUGAAGGAUUCAACUUUUCAAAUGGCUUCAAGCAUGGGGAACAUAAAUGCUCCAGUUGAUGAGACAGUGUUUGAUGUUGAGAAAGAGAUUGAUGAUUUAUUGCCUGUGGAGGUGAAAGAACAGCGGCUCAGCAACUUGCUUCAAGCUACUUUUGUAGGAGGAUGUGUUGCAGCCAUGCCUUUUCUUAAAAUGAUCCCUACAUCGGUACUCUGGGGUUAUUUUGCCUUUAUGGCUGUUGAGAGCUUACCAGGUAACCAAUGUUGGGAGAGGAUUCUACUGCUCUUCACGGCCCCAACUAGAAGAUACAAAGUACUUGAGGAAUACCACGCCGCUUUUGUCGAAACAGUACCGUUCAAGACAAUUGCAGCAUUCACAAUUUUCCAAACUGCUUACUUGUUUGUAUGCUUUGGAAUUACAUGGAUUCCUAUUGCUGGGGUUCUUUUCCCAUUAAUGAUCAUGUUUCUGGUUCCUGUUAGACAAUACAUUUUGCCCAAGUUCUUCAAAGGGGCACACCUUCAAGAUUUAGAUGCUGCAGAGUAUGAAGAAGCACCUGCUUUACCGUUCAACCUUGCAACUGAGCGGGAGAUGAGUAGGCAAGCUUCAUUUGCAGAUGAUGUUGAGAUUUUAGAUGGGAUAGUUACUAGAAGCCGUGGCGAGAUCAGGCAUAUCUGCAGUCCUAAAAUGGCAAGUUCAGCUACAACACCAUCCAAGGAAUUCAAAAGUACACAGAGCUCACUGUUCUCAGAUAAGAUAUACAGUCCUCGUUUAAGUGAGCUGAGAGGUGAGCCAAGUCCUCAGAAUGGUGGAAACGGGCAAUUUAGUCCAAGGACUGGAGAAGCAAGAUCAUCUAAUCUUGCGAAGAGUGGUUGA